GGUGCAUCAGACUCCGGGACCUGGGUUACCGGGACUUCGAUGUAUCAUGAACCAUCACAAAGGGCACCAGUGACAGUGCCAAUGUCUCUUUGAAGUUUCAACUUUUAUUUGUACUGCUGGACAUACUAUUUGCAGGGGCGUCGGAACCGAUGCGGCAGGUGCGGCCAAAUACCAAGACGGCAAGAGUACAAUCAUAGCUCUUGCUAUUACUACUAGUAACUAAUUCUCCGGGCCUAGGCUAGGUCCUGGACGACUUUCAAAAUUUCACUUCCGUACACGCCAGCGGAUAGCCGGAUAUGCCGCUAUCAUGACUAUGCUUUGGCCUCUGCCUCUGGCCUGCCGAGCUCGGAUCGAUCGGCGAGGUGCCCUCUUGCUAGCUGCGACGGCGUGCGCGCUAGGUGCGUAUAUCGUGCGUAACAACAGCUAUGAGCAGAGGGCAUCGGUCAAGUCGAAGCGUGAAUCGACCAAAGUUCAAGGGUCAGCGGCAGUGGAUUCAGAUUCCCUUGUCAACGCUAGAUAUGUAGAUCUACAGGAAGCCGCGAUGAAUCCAGCGUCCGCCACACGUCAGGCAUAUCAGCAUCACGGUGAUCCGGUCGUUGACAAACCAAUAAUGGUCGACGUGCGGGAAGAAACUAUCAAAACCGGAGAUGAUCCUGAUAGGAAACUUGCCGGGGAGUUCAAUGAAUCAAUAUGGAGCAGACCUCUCAGUCACAAGUUUAAUGUUAACGCCGGAAACAAGAUCUCUCCAGCUUCCCUGAAUCUCAAUGCGAGACUUCCCAGGGUAUCGCUAAGCCCUGGAGUCGUGCAAGGCAUUGAGAAAUUCGUAUUUUUCAUUGGCUACCCACGCAGCUGUCACUCGCUGGUCGCCUCGCUGCUAGACGCACACCCACACAUGGUAAUUGCCCAUGAGUAUGAGCUAGGUGCACGGUUCUCGCGAGAUCAGAAGGUCAGCCGCGAAAAGCUGUUCCGAUACCUCUACGCCAAAACUCAGGUGGACGUGAAGCUGGGCAACAGGCACAAAGCCGGUUUGAAGGUGCCACACACGAUAUUCAAGCCCUCCGAUGGAUACACGUAUAACGUUCCUGGCCAGUGGCAAGGAAACUUCAGCAAGACGAUCAAGGUCAUCGGUGACAAGAAAGGCGGGAGGACAGUCGAGUUUCUCACGCAGCUGAGCCGACGGAAAAUAUUUGCCAAGCUGCUCCGGAAGAUUGCCCUGCCACCCUAUGUUAUUCACGUAGUCAGAAACCCAUUUGACAUCAUCUCAACAUUGCUGCUGCGUAGUCAUGGAGCGCGCUUCUCAGCUACAAAGAGUAAACCAGUGAAGGACCACGCCAGCCUGCGUAACGAGAUAUCACACUUCUUUGGUACGGUGGAAAUGAUUGUCAGGUGCCACGAGGACAAGCGCAUGUUCCCGCACAUAUUCGACAUGCACACGCACGAGUUCAAACAGCAACCUGCCGCGACUCUGCAAAAGAUGUGCAAGUUUCUGGACGUCGAAUGCUCCGAAGGCUACCUGAGGAGCUGCGCGGCCAUUGUCAAGCCAGGAAAGUCGCGCACUCGAGAACUCGUCGUGUGGCCGGAAGACAUGAAGGAGCGGGUGCUUGAGAAAAUGAAGAAUGUCCCAUUCAUGAAAGAUUACACAUUUCACUCGGACUGAUCAAUCUAUUCAGGGUUCUUUGCACAGUUGGAGAUUUCUAUCCAGUCUCUAUAAAAAAUUCUACUGUAUGUACCAAAUCCUACUUUUUUUUUAUUUAUAGAAAGGAAAAAGGACCAAGGAACUACAAUUAAGUUACGCUACAAUGUCCACUAACACCACCAGUUACUACGCAAUCAGCUCAUAAUCAUUGCGUAACUUGUAGUUCCUUGGUCCUUUUCUUUUCUAUAAAUUUGUCGUUGGCUCUCCAUCAGAGUCCACUUUUUUUUAACCAUUAUCUCCACCUGUAAUGUGAUUCCCUCACUACAUGGAGGCAAUGCAUCGAUUUUGUUGUUCAAAAAGCCAAUACUGACCCCCUUACACUCGA